AUGACCUUGAAAUAUCUUAUCACAUUUCUCCUAAUUGCUGUAAUGCCAAUUCCCCAAGCCAAAGCUCAGCUUGGGCUUCUCAGCGAUCUCCUGAGUUCGGUUAAUGUUCAAGGAACUGUGUUUUGCUCUUUCAAGAACAAUAUGGGUGCCAAUGGUGCCGCACUCCCAGUUUUCCCAAAUGCUCAAGUGAAACUGUUGUGUGGAGGAAAGGUGUUUUCUGAUGCAACAAGCGAUGGUGAUGGAAGGUUUUCAAUUAUGAUGGAUAGCCUGUUAUUUGAUCUAUCUUCACUGCUCACUGGUUGCAACCUUGUGGUUGCUACCCCUCUCUCUAAUUGCAAUGCCAAACUUCCUUCUGCUGGGGCUCUCAUUUCAGCACUGCAAUUUGUUGGGAUCAAUCAUGUUGGGACUCAAACUAUUGCUAACAUUACUCCUUCAGGGUUUCAUUUCAUGCCCUCUACUUAA